AAAAGUCUUUGUUUGUGCGGGUGGAUGUCGAGGCAGAUUGUUUAUACGAUGUCCGAGGAGGUGAGUCCAGGAACAUUUGUUGGAAAUCUAGCCAAGGACUUAAAUCUGAGAGUGGAUGACCUAGAAUCACGCGGUUUUAGGAUUUCUUCAGGGUCGUCUAAUAAUUAUUUUGUAGUGAAUUUAAAGAAUGGUGCUCUCUAUGUUACAGAGACCAUGGACAGAGAACUGUUGUGUCCCAAUGUUCACACUUGCACAGUAACUUUAGAGACCAUUGUUAACGAUCCUUUAAAUGUUUAUAACAUAGAAGUGAAGAUAUUGGAUAUCAACGAUAACUCGCCACUUUUCCCAGAAAAAGUACAAUAUAUCCUAAUAUCUGAGCUAACAUUACCGGGAACAAAAUUCCCUCUGCUGAGCGCAGAAGAUCCAGAUGUAGGAAUCAACUCGGUUACCUCAUACAAAGUGUCAAACAAUCCCUUUUUUAAUCUGGAGGAGAAUACAGAGGCAGACAGUCCUUCUCCUGAGCUUGUGCUGAAAAAAGCUCUGGACAGAGAGAAUCAGUCUACAAUACACCUAACUCUAUCUGCAAUCGACGGAGGAAAGCCUUCACGGUCAGGCACAACAAAUAUUAUUGUUACCGUUUUAGAUGCAAAUGACAACGCACCCGUGUUUUCCAAGGCUGUGUACAAGGCGCAGGUCUUAGAAAACGUGUCUCGUGGCACAACCCUAAUAAAGCUGAACGCCACCGAUCCAGAUGAGGGCGUCAACGGUGAGGUUGUGUUUGGUUUUAAACAAGGCCAAAAAGGAAUUGCAGAUAAGUUCGCCAUCAACAGCAGCAGCGGUGAAAUAUUUGUUAUUGGCACACUGGAUUUCGAGGACAUUACUGCGUUUGAGAUCCGCGUAGAGGCCCGAGAUAGGGGUCACACCCCGCUUGCAUCUCACUGCAAAGUUCUUGUGGAGAUACUUGACGUAAACGACAAUGCACCAGACAUUACACUCUCUUCGCUGUUGGACAGUGUAAGUGAAGAUGCAAAACAAGGCACUGGAGUAGCCUUCAUCACAGUCCAAGACAAGGAUGGGGGUAAAAAUGGAAAAGUGCAUUGUUCCAUUCCCAAGAACUCUCCUUUUGCAUUAGAGUCCACGGAAGGGAAAUACUACUCGCUUGUUUUAAGGGAAGACCUUGACAGAGAACAAAUCGCACAGUACAAUAUUUCAGUUACUGCUACAGAUGAAGGCACCCCACCUUUAUCCAAAACCUCAGUACUAGCUAUUGAUAUUUCUGAUGUGAAUGACAACGCUCCUAGAUUCCAAGAAUCUAUAAUCAAUAUCUAUGUAAAAGAGAAUGGCCCAACUGGUGGUCAUAUAGCGACUGUUUCUGCUCAAGACAAUGACUCUGGUGAAAACGCUCGUGUGACUUACGCAUUACUUGACAGUUCCAACAUGCCUUUAUCAACAGCCAUCAGUAUAAACUCUGUGACUGGUGAGAUAUAUUGCAUGCAGACCUUCAAUUUUGAGCAAGUAAAGACCUUGCAGUUUCACGUUCAGGCAACAGACUCUGGCGUUCCACCCCUCAGCGGUAAUGCAACUGUAAACGUUUAUAUCCUCGAUGAGAAUGAUAACAGUCCAGUUAUUUUGCCGCCUUAUUCUGAACCCGGAUCAGUUAAUACAGAGAACAUUCACUACUCUGCUGAAGCGGGAUACUUUGUGGCCAAGAUCAGAGCUGUAGAUAUUGACUCUGGAUAUAACGCACUUCUGUCUUAUCACAUUACUGAACCCAAAGGAACUAAUCUUUUCCGAAUUGGAACCAGCACUGGAGAAAUAAGGACCAGGAGGCGAAUGAGUGACAAUGACUUCAAAACUCAUCCUCUUAUUAUUACAGUGUCUGAUAAUGGAGAGCCAUCACUCUCAGCAACUAUGUCUAUGGAUGUUGUGGUUGUUGAGAGUAUAGAUGACAUAAAGACAUCUCUCAGUCCAGUUCCAGUUAAGGAAGACAGUUUUUCAGAUCUGAAUCUGUAUCUGCUAAUCGCUAUUGUCUCAGUGUCAGUCAUCUUUUUACUGAGUCUCAUGGGUUUUAUAGCUGUUAAAUGCUCCAGGACAGACGGUGGUUUCAGCUGGUACGGCGCUCCAGUGAUCAACACACAUCCAGAUGGGAGCUGGUCCUACUCUAAAUCCACACAACAAUAUGAUGUGUGUUUCAGCUCAGACACAAUAAAGAGCGACAUGGUGGUUUUCCCAUCGCCGUUUCCGCCAGCAGACGCAGAACUGAUCAGCAUUAAUGGAGAAGACACUUUAAAAUGCACCCAAACAUUUACAACAACAGAGAAGGUAAGACACUUGGUACUUGAAAAAUGA